AUGGAGACGGCUAACGAGAAGGACUACCACUUGAAUAGUGAUGAUGCUGGCUCGCGGGUAAAUAAUGAAGAGCCCUCAUCACCAAAAAGUGGUGAUGGUCAGGGUGCCACUUUGGGAUAUCCAGAAGGCGGUUUGAGGGCCUGGCUGGUGGUAUCAGGCGCCGCCGCCGUCAUGUUCUGCACAUUUGGGUAUCUCACUGGUUUCGGAAUCUAUCAACAAUGGUACAGUGAGAAUCAGCUCAAAGCUUAUACCCAGUCCGACAUCAGCUGGAUCGGCUCGGUUCAGAUCUUUCUCAACUUUGCAGGAGGUCUGGUAGGAGGACCAAUUCUCGAUCGGCACGGAAAUAUUGUGAUGAUCCCGGCAUCUUUGAUCUACGUGGUCUCCUUGGUGUUGACCAGCUUCUGCCACCAAUACUAUCAGUUCUUCCUCGCCCAGGCAGUUCUCGGAGGCAUAUGUCUUGGCCUAAUGUUUAGUACCUCGCUCGCUAUUGUUGGUCACUACUUUAACGCGCGUCAAGGUCUGGCCAUGGGUGUUGUGAUGGCCGGUGCAGCCCUGGGCGGAGUCAUCUUUCCAGUCGCGUUGAACAGAUUGCUCAACAACGUGGGACUCAGCUUCGGAUGGUCUGUCCGCGUGUGUGCGCUCAUCAUACUGGUUCUCCUUAUCUACGCCAACCUAACGAUGAAGACGCGGCUUCCGCCGACUAAACAGCCCAUGGAUUUCAGCCUCAUGAGAAGGCCUAUCUACAUCCUCGUGGCGGCUGGCGGCUGGCUGCUCAACUGGGGCAUGUAUGUGCCACUUUUCUACCUUCCGAGCUUCGCGACGACGGCUGGGCUGAGCGCAGGUCUUGCGCCAUACACGGUGGCAAUCUUCAACGCCGUGUCCAUCUUCGGCAGGGUUUUCGCGGGCACCUUGGCAGACAAACUGGGCUGCUUCAACGUGGUUAUUUUGAAUGGUCUGCUCUGCGCAGUCACUCUCUUCGUGUGGGCCGGCACAAACUCGGCUGCCGGGGUCAUUGUCGUGACCAUUUUUGAGGGCCUCUUCAUCGGAAGCAUCGUUUCACUGCAGGCGGCCAUCAUCGCCCAGAUCACUCCCGAUCCCAAGUACCUGGGAUCCAUGAUGGGAUUCACAAUGACCAUCUGGGCGUGUGGUGGGCUGACGGGCCCUCCGAUUGCUGGGGCGAUCUUGAACACGGUGCAGGACCCUACGCUGCCUGGAAGCUACAACGGGCCGGGCUAUUUUGGCGGUGCAUCCUUGGUCGUGGGUUCUGCCUGCUUUUUUGCAGCCCGCAUGAUGACCAAGUCGAAGUUGUUUGUCAAGGUUUGA